GGCCAAGCAGGUAGAAUGCUACACGUGGAAAAUCAUUAUGUCUUGAAAUGGCACUUUCGUUCAAGGUAUGUAUCUGAACAAUCUCCUGAAUCUCUGGAGUCAUUCAAGCAGACAGCAUAAAUAUAGUUCUAAUUGUGCUUCCUGUUUAGUUUUCUAACUUGCUAGGCACCGUCUAUCGGCAAGGUAAUAUUGUUUUCAAUGAGGAUGGCGACUGUAUUUUGAGUCCAGUAGGCAACAGAGUAUCUGUCUUUGACCUUAAAAAGUAAGUGGCAUAAACAUUUGUUAUCAAGGAUCUGGAUAACCUAGCCUCAGUAAUAUUUCUGCACUGUGAAAGUUAACAUGAUGUUAGCUUAAGUUGAUCUAACUCAUUCUUAUGUCAGGGUAGCUUGUUGGAGCUACUACGAGCUCAUUGAACUUCAACUUUUUUGUUGCUGCUCGUUCUUGUUGUCGGCCGUGUUGUAUGUUCAAGCUCCGAAUGACUGAAGUUUUGUUACAUGUAUUGGCCCCUUGAUUGCAGGUCUCACGUACAUUGGUGAGACCAUCAAACCUUAGCACACAUCUGUCUAAACACAAGAGGGCAACAAGAAAUGGUAAUGUCAACAAUCACAUUGUUGAACAUCAUUUACAGACAAAACAUUGAAUCGACUGGGGCUCUAUGACAUGCAUUAUGUAUUCUACAGACUACUAUCAAUGACUCACUUUAGAAAGCUGGUUUACUGACUUAAUUGGAACAAAUGCCACUGAAUCACAUUCAGCAGUUACCAGCACCAUAUAGGUGAAUUAUUGAUGGCUCAAGCAAAUCUGACUACCACAGAAUGACUGGGCAACUGACAAUUUGACUGAGAAUAAACAACAGAUAAUCUGUGACAAAAGAUGGAUCAAAACUGACCAAGCACAGUCUUCAUAGUCAAUAACAUCUUGGCGUAAUUAACUGACAGAUGACCAAUAACAUCAUGACCUACUUUAGUAAUUGACCAAUCAGGUCGAUAACCAGAGUUUAGUACAAACAACUGACAUAAUACAACUCACUUUGACUCCGAAGAUGGUUACCACAAAGGUUGUUCAAGCAUCAGUCACUGUCAACAACAGUCGACCUAUUCAGGACUAUACUUGUCCAGACUAUCAUGAUUCAGCCGCCAUUGUUUUGGUUUUCAAAGCCGGCGCUUUUUGCUACUAGUGGGCUAUAACAUAUAGCCUAGUAGUAGCUCAACCAAUCAGAACACAGCAUUGAUAAUAGACCGCUAGUUGGCUUUUACUAAUAUUUAGAUAUGCAAGCAUUAUAGACAUGAUUAAAGACUUAAGGUGUGAUAUGCUGGAAAUGAGAGGAAGACACUUUAGAUUAACACUUAUGUACAAACUAACUCAUUGUCUUGUUGAUAUAGAUAGCUGAAAAUAUUUAAUUCAACAUUCCGGGAGACACACGUGCCAUAUGCAAAUAAGGACAUUUUUAAAUGUUUGUAUUUUCCAAGAACUAUAGCUGAGUGGAACUGCCUCCCCGGGGCCAUUGUAUCAUCAACUUCAUUGGAGUCUUUGAAAUCUAAUUUAUCAGCUUUUCUUAAGUAGUAGUUACAUAGUUACUGUUAUGAAAUUUUAUAUCAUUAUUUUAUAUUAUUUUACGAUUGGUGUGAUGUCUUAGCGAUUUUUACCGACCUAAUAUAUGUUGAUGCUGUAGAUGUAGAUGGAAUGAUGUGUAUGUUGUGGGUCAAUUUUAUCAGUGGUUUCAAUUUUCCUUUGUUUCAAACUCAUUAUACAUUACCAUACCCAAAAACAAAAGAAAAGAAACAUCAAAUGGAGGAUAAAACUGAGCCAGAACAUAUAAAACUGAAAAUUGGAGACUGUUCCAGAGUGGGAUUGUGCUAGAAUAUUAAUUUUGUAUGGAUCCUCUCAAACUGAUAAUUUUGGUUGGAAAAGCAAUAGUAGCGAUAUUGGAGUUAAUCUUGUAGAAUAUUGUCAGAUUUUUGAUUGUGCGGUGUUCCUUCAACAAUUGCCAGUUUUGAUCUGCAACUGUAGCAGGAAUGCAUAGCAGCAUUCAUUCAAAAUAAAUCAUGCACCGCUUCUUUGGGAAAACUCAAUAAAAGAAAUAUCCUUGAUGAUACAACGUGCAAAGAAAGUAGUGUCCGAUAGCCCGCAUGCUAGUUGAUUUUGCUAUUGGGCUAGAGAAUUCUGUUUUUAACUUGCCCGACGGGCAAGUGAUGUUUUUUGAGGAAUUCAAAUAACAGAAGAACUGUGAAAUCAAUUCUGCUCAUCAAAAAGCUUUUGGGGCUGGUUGAAAUGAUAUCUGUGCUAGUAAAUGCUAGCUUCAUGCAGCUUGCCCGAAUGGCAAGCUGUAAAAAUGAUUUUCUUUGCACUCUGUGAUAUGUGGUGGCCAUUCAACAAAUGUUAGUCCUCAAUUUGAUGGACCAGCUGAUGUGGGCCUGCAACUUGAUUGUGACCCCACAUAAUGCGAGGAUUACAUAAAAUAUUUUAAUUUUCACGUUCUUUUUGUUCUAUUAGUAACAGAUCAUGGACUCUACCUUUUGAAAACCAUAAGAAUAUUUCAAGAAUUAGUUUGUGUCCAGAUGGCAAGAUACUCAUUGCAGUUGAUGAAGGUUUGUAUGGCAGAAUUUGGUAGCACAUAAGUGACAAUAAGAUAUUUGGUACAAAUACAGUGCCCUGCAUUUAUGUUUUUUUUCUCAUGAGCAAAGCUCAUCCUAUUGUUGCUCAGGUGGUGGCAGAAUUAAGCGGGGAGUAUUUAUAACACUGAUAAAACACUAACGUUUAUUUCUUUACAUGUUUGGUAAUAUUAUUAUGUGUUUAAGAUAGCAAGGACACUUCUUUCUUGUUGCAGAUGGAAGUUGCAUUGUAGCCAAUCUUAAGAGGAAAACUGUUCUUCAUCAUUUUACCUUCAAAAAGCCAGUUUUUGAUUUAAAAUUUUGUCCAAAUGGAAGGUAAGUAAAACAGCUGAAUACACCGUAUUCACAAAUGCCAGACAUGCGGGAAAAAACUGGUGCCUAGUCAUGAAAGCGAGGCGUUGGAGGAUAAACAAAAAUUGCAAGUGAAGACUUUCAGUGAACUUGCAGAGUGUUAAGCGCGGAUUCCACCUAAAAUAACUUUGUACGGACUUCUUUUUAAAUACAAUUACGUAGGAUGUCUUCUGCCUUUAAUGUUUAGUAGUGAUUUUCUGUUUGCAAUCAAAAGAGAUGCAUAUAUCUUCAAGGAAACAGGAUGAUUUUGUAGGUUUCUGAAGCAUCAGAAGCUCGACAAGUGGGCUAUGGCUGGAUAAAAGCGGCAAAAUGUUGGCCCAAACCUCACAUUGAAACUGAGUACGAAAGCCAGAACACUACAAUUCUGUAAAACGGAAAUAAAAACAGAUAUUGGUGGCGAGAAAAAGAGAAAUAAGCGACGGAUAUAUGGCCUACUUGUUAAUGGAAGAGACCUCCACCAUUACACAAAACAGGUCAAGUCGAGAGCGGGUGAAAGAUUCAUUCACAAUGCUCAUUUAUUCAUGUCAGUGUCAUUUUAUACAUAUCUAUGUAUAUACUUGUAUUCUGGGUAGAACGUAUUCCGUAGAGCGCUCAAUUCAUUUAAUUGAAGAGCAUUGAUUAUUAAUAAUCACAGGAGUCAUUUAAUUGAAGAGCAUUGAUUAUUAAUAAUCACAGGAGUCAUUUAAUUGAAGAGCAUUGAUUAUUAAUAAUCAGCAAUAAACGAUCAAUGAUUACUCCUGAAGCCUGAACUCCUGUGAUAUCUAUGUAUAUAUGUAUGUCUGCAUUUACAACUUCCUUUGGAUCAUAUUCAUUCCAUCACUUUGGAGUGAAUUGUUACUGAGGUACGUUGGCAGAGCUUAGUAAAAAUCUCAUGAUUUCUUUGUCAUUGCAAAAUAACUAAAAAUAAUUUUAUUAAAAUUAGAAGCUGUAUUUUGUGAAUCUUAUGGCUUGCUAUUUGCCUGGUCUCCUUUAGGGAAUUAUCUCAGAGAGCUCUUGCUAAAACAGUAUUGUAAAGCUUACAUUUUACUAGGUUAAACUUUUAAUUUUCUUUUAAGGCAAUGUUUGUGUCAGGAAUGAACACGGCAAGCUUCUGUUUCGAAUAAUUAAAUUCGAGUCUGGAUCCGUUUAAGAAGACCAUCAUUUUAUUUAUUUAUGUAUUCUUCAACUUUAAAAUAUUAUGAAACAUUAAGUUAAAACUCUUAACAGCCAAAGAUAAGAAACACGAAAUUACUCGCUGAAAUGAUAUGUGGCCGGCUUACCGAGUCUGCCGAGUAACAUGUUGAAAUUUUGAGUGUACUCCACUUGAUCGCUCCUGCAUUUAUACUCCUUCAUCGAUAAAGACCAGAGAAUAACGUCCUGGCAAACAAAAAACAAACAUAACUUCAUCCUCCUGUUGGAAACCCCAGUCACCUCUUCUUUCCUGUAAGUUCUUCCGGUUUUGCCAAGAACCAUCCCUUGAUGUUUAGCAGGGGUUUGCUUUCAUUUUUUCCAUCUCGACUUGAACUCAUUGUGUUUCAGUUCAACGGCAGACGCCUUUGACAAAUCCAUUGAUAUAACCGCCCACGAUCUCUUUAUUGUCUAGACUGCACCUCCUGUCCUCAGUCAGCCUAAGUAAAGAUGUCUCACAGCUAGGCCAUAUAUCUGUCGCGACGGAUACUGUCCUGUCCUAAUCAGUGAUUCAAUUUAUUAUUUCUUGGGUUUUAUUAGUUUUUUCUUGCCACCAAGAUUUGUUUAUAUUUCUGUUUCACCGAAUUGCAGUGACCUGGCUUUCGUACUCGGUUUCAGUGUGAAGUUUGGGCCAACAUGUUUGCUGCUUUUCUCCAGCCAUUGCCCACUUGUCAAGCUUCUGAUGCUUCGGAAACCUACAAAAUCAUCCUGUUUCCUUGAAGAUAUACGCGUCCCUUUUGAUUGCAAACAGCAAAUCACUACUAAACAUUAAAGGCAGAAGACAUCCCACGUAAUUGUAUUUAAAAAGAAGUCCGUACAAAGUUAUUUUAGGUGGAAUCCGUGCUAAACACUCUGUAAGUUCACUGAAAGUCUUCAUUUGCAAUUUUUGUGUAUCCUCCAACGCCUCGCUUUCAUGACUAGGCACCAUUUUUUUCCUGCGUGUCCGCCAUUUGUGAAUACGGUGUAUACCAGUAUAUUGUACAUGUUCUCUUUGGCGUUCAGAGCUUUGUUUUGUAACAAAGUCUUCUAUACUUCAUGGAGGUUACUUAAGGCAACACUUAAUAUAAAUAUGUUAGUUAUUAACUCUGGAGGGUUGCAGAUAUGUAGGUACAGAUGCAGUGUCUUAUUAACUCAUUAUUGUGUCACAGCUUUAAAUGGACCUUUGAAGAUUUUUUUGACAAAAGUGAAUAAUGAUGAUAUACCCAAAGAUUGCCAGAUACUGCCGUGCUGCUAGCAGAGACCUGUUCCCUGGUAUUCUUGCCUGCCAAAUACCAGAAAAAAGAGGCUUCUGCUAGCAGGGAAAUUGCCAAGCUGACAGGCUGGUUUGAGGAUUUCAUGAUGAGGUAGAGCAUUUUAGAGCAAGAAAAGAAGAAAUUAAAGUGGUGUGGCAUCUUUGUCAAAUAUCACCCAAGAGCCAUCUCAAAUCACUCAAAAGUAAAAGGGAAAAUGAGGAUACUAUAUAGUUCAAGUGUGACUUAAUGAUUUUUUGACCCUUAAACAUUGAUUAUUGGUAUAUCUCUGCUAGAUACAUUGCAGUUACUUAUGGAAAGCAUGUGCAGGUGUGGCAUGCUCCUGCCCACAGCAAAGAGUUUGCACCAUUUUCUGUUCAUAGAACAUAUACUGGUCUCUAUGAUGAAACUGUUUGUAUUGACUGGUCAUCAGACUCCAGGUUAGUACAUCAUGAUAUAUAUGAGCCUAAAUGAUCAGGUUGAGAAGCUACAAAUAUUUUAUAUAUGAUAUCUUAGUAUUCUAAAGUUAUUAGGCCUUCAGUCGUCAAGCUUGUUUGGGACUAUGUCAAUUAAAACAUGAGCAGCUUACAAAGAAAUUUCAAAUUUCAUGACUGCAGUGUAUUUUAACUUAAGUUGGCAACAAAUAUAUCUGAGCAUUAAGCCUAAGGUGACUGCAAACCACCCGACCUGCCUCAAGCAAGCAAAUUUGAAGUAUAAAUUAGCGUUUUAAUGUUGUGAAUUGAUUCUUGUUAGUGUUCAAAUUUAUGUUCAAUUUUUGCAGGUUUUUUGUGGUGGGAAGCAGAGACAUGACAAGUCGCAUCUUUUCGUUAUUUCCAAUGAAUGGUUUUCUCCCGGUCACCUUGUCUGGCCACCGGAACACUGUAGUAGGAUGUUAUUUUGCUCAAAACUCUUUGGAUGUAUCCUUGUUAACUGCCACUUGUGUGAUGUACUUGUGAAGGUGGCCAUUAUAGAAAUUUAAGGCAAAUUGUGUUUAUAUCUAGAAAUUUUUUUGUUUAUUGUGGGCGACAAAAGGAGCCUGCCACCUAUUCUUGGUCAGCAGCAAUAGAUUUUUCUCGAUUCUGUUGAAAUUCUUGAGAUGCCCAUGUUCUACCAAUUAAAUGCAUGGUAUGUCGCCGCGAGGGCCCUGGGGUUGAGUUUUCAACAAAUCAUUAUCGCAAGCACACGUAAUUCAGGUACACAAGUACUGUACUAAAAUGGUAAACUUUUUGAUUCGCCUUGCUGGCCUAGAAUCUAUUUACCGAGGAAAAUGAAAGUAGAGCCUGAUCUCAAUUUAGUGUGGGACAAGUUUUUGGUAAGUUACGAGUGCUAGCAAAGUAUAGAAAUCAAUGUAACUUAAGUUUAUUCAGGUCUCACUAUAGUGCAUGGUUUUUACAUUUUUAUACGUUUCCCAGCAUGUUAGGUCACUUGCCAUCUGAAAGCUUCAAUAAGCUUUAAACUCCAGUGGCAAUUUAAGCUGUCUCAUUGUGUUGUAUUGCAUAUCAGUGGCCUUUGGUCAUUGUACACAGAUGGAAUAUUCGAUUGAAAAAUAAGACUUUGUGCAUGACUGUACACACUCAUUACCGUUUCAAUAUAUAAUGAAUCUUUGCUGGCGAAUACAGACGUCUCCUCUCUCCUUACCACUCGGGGAGCAACUGCGAAUAAAAUCGUUAAAUUAAAUAUGUCUUGUUUUCUGUUUUGUUCAAUCCAUUUUUCAUGAUCUGCAGUGACUCCUUUUGUUGACAAUAUAACUAAAGGGCAUUCACCUACAUUUGAAAGGAUUUUCACCCCCACUUCCUAGCCAAUGGCUACUGCUAGUCUAGAAAUUUUGAGAGGCAAUACUACAAGCUAUGAGUGCCUUUACAUUUAAUUCAGUACAUUUGUCUUAACAUCAUUAAAUCAGAUAUAUAGUGUGAGUCAGGAUGGUGUUUUACUUUGCUGGAAAUGCAGUACUUGGCUGGAGAGUGUGCACCUUGCUGAACUUUUCCCCAGUCAGGAAGGUAAAUAAUUAGUAAGUAAAUAAUUAUUUCAAAAGUAGGUUGAGUUUGAUUGUCCAGGUGAACGUAGUCCUGAAUAGGACUGUUGUUGUUGACAGUGACUGACGUUUCGACAAAUGUGCGGUAGUCAUCUUCAGAGCCAAAGUGAGUUGUAUCACGUCAGUUGAUGGUAUUAUCCUCUGGUUAUUGAUCUGAUUGGUCAGUUACGUCGCAAUGUUAUUGGUCGUCUGUCAGUUAAGCCGUGAUGUUAUUGGCUAUGAAGACGAUAGGAGAGAUAGGAGAUAGGAGAGAUGCGUCAAAUUAUCGCCCAAUUUCUAUUCUGCCAACAAUGAGUAAAAUUCUGGAAAAAGUCGUCCAUUCCCAAUUCUAUGACUUUCUGAAUUCAAAUAAUCUCCUUUCAAGCAAACAAUUUGGUUUCCGUCCCAAACUGUCUAUAACAUCGGCUCUCACCAGUUUUGCAGAUGAGGUCCUAUUGCAUAUGGAGAGUGGAGAACUGUGCGGUGCAGUGUUCCUAGAUCUGACCAAGGCAUUCGAUACCGUUGACCAUACGAUCUUGCUAUCUAAAUUGUCGGCUAUCGGUGUCUCGCCCAGCACUCUACAGUGGUUCAAGUCUUACCUGAAUCAUCGUAAACAGCGGACUGCCUGUAGCGAUGCUGUGUCUGACCCUCUCCCGAUGACCUUUGGGGUGCCACAGGGGAGCAUUCUAGGACCGCUUCUCUUCUUGGUUUAUAUUAAUGACCUUCCGCUGGUUAUAAAGAAUUGCGAAGUGACUUUGUAUGCUGAUGACACGGUCCUGUACUACUUUGCUAAAGAGCCACACCUGUUAGAAGAGGCACUGAAUGAUGAUCUCUUGAAAGUUGCCCAGUGGUUACAUGGAAAUAAGUUAACUUUAAAUCUUACUAAGACGAAAUCCAUGAUUAUAGGCAGUAAUAGGAAACUUGUUGGUAUUUCCUCUUUCACGUUAUCUAUUUUUGACACUGAUAUAAAUUCUGUAAGUAGUUUUAAAUAUUUGGGAGUUAUGUUGUCUUCAACUUUCACAUGGUCCGACCAUAUUGAGUAUAUUUCAUGUAAGGUUAAUAAAAACCUUGGUCUUCUACGUAGGAUUAAGUAUUAUUUACCUUAUGAUGCCCGGUUACUUUUUUAUAAUAGCUUAGUGCUACCUAUUUUUGAUUAUGCUGAUUUAGUCUGGGGUGACAAGGACAAUGUCUCACUUAUGAAGGAAUUGCAAAUUCUCCAAAACAAAGCAGCUAAGUUGAUAUUAGAUAGAUCACCUCACUCCUCAUCCACCGAUGCAUUGAUUGUCUUGAGAUGGCUGAAUCUUGAAGAACGUAGGAAAUGUCAUCGAUGUAUAUAUGCAUACAAGUGUAUUAAUGGCCAACUUAAUCAUUCUUUGGACAUUGUAAGAAAGAGUGAUAUACAUUCCUACAAUACGCGCAAUAACGAUACUAUCAAGCUCCCCAAAAUUAAAUAUAAUUGGGGAAAACAACGUUCGCAGUACCACUGUUUCAAAGACUUUAAUGAAUUAGAGAGAACUGUAAGAAACUCAGCAAGUUUUCCAAUUUUUAAGAAGUGUCUUUUUUCUGCUUUUUAUAAUUGAGUACUUGUAGUGUGUAUGUUUUAAUUAUUUCUGUAACUCGAUUUUAGCUUGAAUUAUUAUUUUUUUUUUAACCUUUUUAUAUUUUAAUUGUAUUAUAUAAUAUACAUCUCGUAAUUAGGACCUCUAUGUAAACCACUCUUGUGAUGGAGCAUCCUAUUAAAAGAUUGUUAUUAUUAUUAAGACUCGUUAUCAGUAAUUGGUGUGUUUCGAUCCGUCUAUUGUCACAGGUAAACAGUCGUCUAUGGUGCUCCGCAAUGCUGAGCACCAUUUAAAGAUGAAACAUCAAAUUGACUGGGACUCUGCAACAUGUAUAACGUACAAUUUCUACAGACUACUAUCAACGUCUUACUUUAGAAAGCUGGUUUACUAACUUAGAACAAACGCCACUGAAUCGUAGCCAACAGUUACCAGCACCGUACAAAUGGCUAAUUGACAAGAUCAAGCAAAACUAACUACGAGAGAAUGACAAUUUGACUAACAAUAGCUGACUGUUUAACUGUGACAACAGACUAAUCGAAAUGCACCAAUAACUGAUUACGAUUCUUCAUAGCCAAUAACAUCACGGCUUAACUGACAGACGAUCAAUAACAUCGCGACGUAAUUGACCAAUCAGAUCAAUAACCAGAGUAUAAUACCAUCAACUGACGUGAUGCAACUCACUUUGACUCUGAAGAUGACUACAGCACAGGUUGUCGAAACGUCAGUCACUGUCAACAACAACAGUCCUAUUCAGGACUAUGUUCAUCCGGACGAUCAAACUCAACCUACUGUUGAAAUGACUCCUGGGUUCAAACCUUUCACAGUUUUAAAUAAUUAUUAUUAGGUUACCAUAAUGAAAUCUUUGCCACCAUUGCAUUAGCCGUUGGACACCUUGUUUGCCCCCAAAAGUUUGCAUUUGCAUUGCUUUUAAUCUCUAGAAGUAGUGGAAACAUGUUGUUAUUGUUAUUUUUUAAGGACGUGGUGUGGGGGGGAAGGGUGGCAAACAAGUUUUUUUAUGGUCUAUGAUAAAGUGACAAAUUACUGGCAUUUUAAAUGGAAUCAAUGGUUAGUUUUUUUUUUUUUUUGGGGGGGGGGGGGUCAUUUCCUCAUAAGAUAACAUGACAAAAAAACAGCAACAACAAGGAUCAACACCACCACCACUUAACAAGGUCUCCUCUGCAGACUACCCUACAGGAAUACUGUUGCUUUUUCUGUUUUCUGCUUCCCAGAUAUGUAAAGUAGUACUUUAUUAUUAUAUGUAGUUCCAUUUAUAUUAUAGAAAUUAAUUUUUUUUGGAAUUGCUAUUCUUUUCCAGAUAGUGAAAAUCCAGUUAAGUGGAAGAAGCUCUUCAAGUAAGUAGUAAAGUAGCUGUCUGUCUGCAGAGGCCUUUUUGAGCUGUCUUAUCUGUCAGCUGUCUAAAGUGUUUUUUUCUUUGUUUCACUCCAGCUAAGUGCUGAGAUCUACUUAUGAUAAUUUGCCGUUAGUUAUUUGUUUGGUCCAUUGAUCUUUAAAAACCAGGCAUUUUUACAAGCAAGAAAGUCCUGGCCAGCUGACAACCAGUGCAUUCCAUAAAUCAGCAUCUCUUCUUAUUGCUGGAUUUUCAAGUGGUGUGUUCACAUUGCAUGAAGUACCAGACUUUGUUCUUAUCCAUUCAUUAAGGUAUUCAUUAAUAUUUUUCAAUAAUUUCUUCUGUCGAGUUGAAUUUCCAUCCUAUACACCAAUGAACUAUUUUAGUAGAAAAUAAUCAAUGAAAAUGAGUGUAUUGUGUUUGUCCAGCAUAUCACAACAGACAAUCAAAACAGUGGCAGUGAGCCCUAGUGGGGAGUGGCUGGCAUUUGGUUGUAGUAACUUAGGACAGUUGUUGGUGUGGGAGUGGCAAAGUGAAACAUAUGUACUAAAACAGCAAGGUCACUACUAUGACAUGAACACUAUUUGCUAUUCCCAAGAUGGAAAUUAUGUGGCAACUGGUGGAGAUGAUUGCAAGGUUAGUAGCUACUGCUAACUUUGUGCUUCUCUAAAUGAUACAUGAAUAAAAUUUAUAACACUGUGACUGUUUCUCUGAAAAACCUAGGCAUUUAAUAUAUUUGGUCUGGUUUUAUUAGGUGAAAUCAGGCCAAAGGUGCUUUUUGUUUAGUGGGGUAGGCUCUUUACAUUCUUAUAUCAGACCUGAAAAGAAGAAGAAGACUAAAGAACUGAAGCAGACAUAAGUGCUGGCUGUUGUUAGUAAAGAAAACAAUUUUUUUGUUUUUGUCACACAUAUUACAUGAACACGGUGGUAACAGAAAAGUGGCAGAGACAGGGAAGAUUAAGCUAGAACUAUGAAAAAGCCACUGCAUUGAUUCCAAGGACCUCAUCAACAAUAUGUAUCACUGCCGUUUAGUUCAAUUGGACACUUGGUGAGCAGGAAGAUGUGGUUUCAAACCCUGAGGUCUGUAAACAACUAACAUCUGCAAAUGGUUAUACAUUCUAGUCUUGUCAGCUGGGGAUGAUUAAUCUAAAGCCUCAUCUCACAACCCUGCGCUUAAUCAAGAGUAUAGGAUGGGUUCCCCAAAAAUGCCCUGAGAGGAGUGGUUACUGACAAUUUAUAUACUUUUUACAUGAACAAUUUACACUAAUUACUUCUCAAAUGCAAGUUUAACACAAAAAGGUUACAAGAAAAUACUGCAGUUGACUGAAUAGUUUACUUUCUUGAACUUUCAGGUCAAGCUGUGGAAUGUGACGUCUGGUUUCUGUUUUGUAACAUUCAGUGAACAUACAUGUUCGGUGACAGGUGUUAUAUUCACACCCAACAGUCAAGUUGUGUUGAGUUGUUCCCUGGAUGGUACCGUUAGGGCAUUUGACCUGAAAAGGUACAAAACUCCAUCACUUUUUCUUACAGACUUGGGUGCAGGGCUACCCCCUCUCUGACUCAGUUACAUAGACUGACAUUAUUUAAGUUUAAUUAAUUUAAAUUAAUCCGUUAAAAACAGACCUGAACAGGGCAUUUGGUGGAACUUGUAGGGAACAUAAGAACCAUACUAGCUAGUCUACCCAAUUAUAUAUAAAUUCACCAAGAUUACUUAACAUCAGGAGAAAACAAUCAUGUUAUUUUCAUCUUUCCAGGUACAGAAAUUUCCGUACCUGUACUUCUCCUCAUCCUGUCCAGUUCUCAUGUUUGACUGUUGAUAGCAGUGGAGAGGUGGUCUGCUCUGGUUCACUUGAUACAUUUGAAGUUUUUGUUUGGUCUAUGAAAACAGGAAGACUUCUUGAGGUAGCUUGCAGUUCUAAACGUUUUUAUUCCAGCAACCUACAAAUUGUCUAAUUGCCAAAAAACUGAUGCUCUGAAGUUUCUAAGGAAUUUUCUUUGAAAAAUUAUCUUUCAGUUGUUUACUCCUUGUUAAUUCAACUGUCAUGCAUAUUUUACUUGCAUCCCGAGAACCAGUAGAAGUCGUUUGACCUGUUGGAUAUGUUAUGAUGUACCACUUAAAGCAACUAGACAAUAUCAUAAUUUGGGAACAACAAAAUGAUCUCUUGCAGGCUCAUUGGUUACUAGACAAUGGAAAUCAUGUAGUGUUUUUUGCUUUUUCUCUGCUCAUCGUAAAUGUCACGUCUGGCUCAAAUUAAUUGAGUUAAGCACUCUUUAGACAAACAGUCUCUUGUUACUAUAAUAAAUGUAUUAAUCUUCAGUAAACUGUUCUACUGCUUCACUGACUGGAGUAAUACCUCUUGAACAAAUUUAAGCAAGUUACAGACAGUCCAAAAAUUUGCCUGUCUUAUUGUAAGUGGAGGAAGGAAAUUCGACCACAUAGCUCUAGCUUAAUGAGCUUCUCUACUACCAAGGUUAGCGUUAGGGUGAGGGUUAGGGUUAGCCUGCAGAACAAGAAAUUCUCAAAUGAUCAAAAUUCCUCUUUUUAGAACAACUAACGGCCAAACAUAUUUUUAUUAUAGAACAGUCACCUAACGAUAAUCAGUGAGCCAUUUUAAACGUUGUCUUAAGUUAAGCCUCUUACGUAAUUUUUGUCCCUAUAUUUGAUUAGAAUUGACUUGUGCUAUGUGCAGGCUUCUUUCUUAGACUCGUUUUAUUCUUCUUAUUGUAUUUUGCAUUAUUUUUGCUUAAUCUAUUUUCUAGUUUUUAUGAUGAUUUAUUCUAACUAAAUAGUUCAAACUGUGAUAUCAUGCUUUUAUAUUUUAGUUUUUAUUAUUACCUCUGAAAAUCCUCCAUGGGGAAGUGGUAAUAAAGUGUGUAUGUAUGGUUCUUGCACAAAGUUUUCCGCGAAUUAUUGUUUGAAAUUUUAAACCCCAUUGUAUUGUACCUUUGCAAUAAGACCACUAUUCACUUUUUGAACAUUUAUACGUCAUUUCUAUGAUGUAUGAGAGUUUACACACAAUGGAAAAGUGUUGUCAAUAUUGUUAAAUAUCAUGUAGCUCGUAGUGUUUUGCUUUUGCAGGUACUUGCUGGACACGAGGGACCUAUUUCUGGACUAGUGUUCAGUUCUUCUCAGCCACUUUUGGUCUCAGGAUCAUGGGACAAAACUGUUAGACUGUGGAACAUGUUUGACAGCAAAGUAACAUGGGAAACACUAAAUGUGGGAUCUGAGGGUUUGUUAAUCCGUCUUCUUUUCAUACUUUUGAUAGUAAUCAUGUUGCUAUGCAUACAGCAUUGUGUAGAAACUGAGUCCGAUAUUAACUAACCUCCUGGUGUCAGUAGCCUGCGUAGCAAGCGUUUCCAGGCUAUGGUGUCAGCUGUUGGAAAUUUGGAUAGUACAAGCUUUCCACUGGAUAAAAUGCUGUCCAGAGGUUAUACACCAGCUGGAGAUUUAUUGACUUUGUAGCAAUAGCUAAUAGCCCGCAGUGUUAAGAGUUCAUGGAUGUUCAGUUAUCGUCGUCAUCUUCAUUAGGGAGCUUAACCAACGACGACGACGACGACGACGGCAGUGAAGACGUCGCUAAAAAAAUUACGUGCUUUCAGAGUUUAUCGCGUCUAUUUGGACCCGCUUUAUAUGUCAAGAGUUGAAUUCAUAAGGACUUUAUCCAGGUUCAAAAAGAGAAAGGAGAAUUCGUCUUCGUAUGUCCACGUCCUCCAUAAAACGUCGCAUGAGGAGGUUUUACGUCUUAAGGUGAUGUUACACGAGACGAUUCACAACGACGAUUCUUAGCGCAACACUGUGUUGCAACAUUGUUGCAACGUUGUUUCGAAUGGUUACAACAUUGUUUCAACAUUGCAACGCUGUGUUGCGCUAAAAAUCGUCGUUGCGAAUCGUCCCGUGUAACAUCACCUUUAGUCGUGCAGUGGACGUCAAAGAAAUGUACUAAAAAGCGUGAUGCACGUGCAGAGCUGUUGUUUUGCUUAUAAAACCAGUUGCUGUUUGAAGUUGUCGUUGUGGUCUUCGUCGUAGUUGCUUAAGCUCCCUAAUAUCCUGCCCCUCGUCUCCUCCUUCAAAGCCAAGUGGCUUGUGGGGCAUUAUUAAGCUUCUUCUAUUCCCGUCUCUCCUUUGCAAGCCGCAUGUUUACUCCCAGUUGGAAGCUUUUAAAAAGACCUGACUUCUUCCUCUACAGUCCUUCUCCAGAUGAAUUUGGGACAACUACUUUUUCUUGUACCCUUUGGUGUCCUUUAAGAGGGCUGUAAAUAUGUUAGUAGAUAUGGUAAUGGUUUCCCCUUGAAGUACGUGACCAUUCCAGCCCCAUCGUCUUGCAAGAACAGCCCUUGUCCUCCUGCUUGGUCAGUUAAAAGAGCUCGUAGCACUCUUAGUAAAACGUUGUACUUAAGAAGUUAAGUCGAAAUCAAGAGCUGGCAUAUCAAUACGAUGUCAAGGAGGGUCGUCUGCUGACAGUCUAGGGGAAUUGACUUUAUAUUUAACGGACUCCAAACUCCAAAAGUAACAACUCCAAAUUCAUCUAUGUUGAUCACUAUCAAUUUGCAUGGGAGAAGAUAUAUUUUUUCAGUUAUUUUGGUGUUUGGUUUCUUUCUUCUAUAUUCUAUGAUACGAGUUUACAACUUGGGCUAAAAUUGGUGGUGCAAUACUCAGUGCAAUUACGAUUAUAAAGAAACAUGCAGGUUAAACUGACCUGCAUUGCUUUAGUGUUGGCAGUGACCGUACGUCCUGACGGCUUGGAGGUGGCAGCAGCAUCACUGGAUGGACAGAUAAGUUUCUUUGAUGUAAGAACAGGUUUACAAACUGCAUCAGUGGAAGGACGAAGGGACCUUGCUCCUGGAAGGCGGAGCUCAGAUAAGAUAACUGCUCAGACCAUGCUCUCAUCAAAGUAAGUGCUAUCAGGUUAACUAUUCUCAGCAAGGUGGUGAUGGUAGACGUAAAAAGGUUUCUGCGUAAAUGUUCUUGUUGUUCAACCAGUUUUCCUCUUACAAACCUAUUUUAACACGAGCCGUCAUAAACAGAACUAACAGUGCAUUUUUUUUCUUUUCUCCUUGCUCUUUCCAUUUCCCCCUCCUCUUCAUAGUGUAAUGAUUUGGGGCUUAUCGGACGGCACGCAACAAACUCGCGUUCUGGCCAUAAUUUUCGGUAGACGCGAUUAAAUCCAACUAGAUAUGGGGAUGUAUAAAAGUGCUCAUUUAUUGGAGUCUUAUCUGUUUUGUCUCUUAUUAAGGUGUUUUACCAGUUUGUGCUACACUGCUGAUGGAAAAUGUGUUUUAGCUGGUGGAAGAUCCAAAUUUGUUUGUAUUUAUCACGUGCAACAGCAGGUUAGUGUAGCUUCCGAUUGUAGAUUAAAUAUACAAUGAUGAGCUCGUAACUGAAGGGUUCUAUAAAGUUUGGUAGAGUAGAAAGAAAGAAAGGCCUCAAGUACCUUAACUUCUUGUAUUAGUAUUUGCCGAGUAGAAAUAUAGAGUCAAACCCCCUUUAGAAGAAGGCCACAAGGUAGAGUGUCCGCCGCAUUAUCUGAGUGGUAUCCUCAGUCUUCAUAGAGGUAAGAAAUGCAUUAAGUUUGCUUUUUUUGGCAUCAAAAGAAUUGUCCGUAAGGUGAAGAGGGUGCCAAAAUUUCUCUUAGCUUAAUAUGUGAGUUAGGACCAGUUUAGGAUUUUUAUUUGAUUAUUGACAAAGAUUGGUCGAACGUUCCUUUUCCUAUUCUAAGAUACUCUUUUUCACCUUAUUUAGGUCCUGAUUAAACGGUUUGAGGUUUCAAAAAACUUGUCUUGUGAUGGAAUGAAGGUAAUCGUAUGCCUACCUUUUUCCGCCAAAUUUCCAAAUUACCCUGUUUCUUGUUGCCUUGGUGAAGUACUGGUCACCGGUGGAUGUCUAAUAGGGUUACUCUAUGACAUUUUUUUCAGGAAUUUCUUCAUAGUGGUAAUAUGACAGAUGCAGGACCACAGGACCAAAUUGAUGAUAAUGAAAAUGAUCAGGAAUCAGUGUCCCUUCCUGGGGUGUUACAUGGUAAGCCAGCCAUGGGGGGGGGGGGGCACCAACCAAGUUAUUUAAUAUGUGGUCUUUUGUUUUGUUGUUUGUUGUUGUAUUAUGAUGGCCACUCGGUAAGUUGUCAAGUAAUAUUUACCUCUGUGAAGAGGCGCUGGGGUUAAAAAUUGUUCUAGUGCAAAUCAUUUCGGUGAAUGGCCAUUACAUAAUAGUUUUCCUCAGAAGAACAAAUGGAGAAACCAUUAGCCCUGCAACUUACAAUAAUUUUAGGAGGUGAAAUGCAAUCGUGUCAAUCGGGACCUUGUGUUUGAGCACUCAGUAAGCUUGCGAAAAACACUUUCUGUUGAUGUGGUAUUCAUAAAGUAGGAAACUUAAAAUAAGUCACCGGUACCAUGCAAUGUUUUUUUGGUGUGUUAUUACUGUCGCAGGUGAUAUGAGUUCUAGGAGAACCCAGCCGGAAAUUCGAGUCAAAUCACUACAGUUCUCACCAACAGGUAACGAUAUUUUGAUUGACAGACUUCCGGUGCAAUCUCGUUUUUGUUACUGGUGAUGCGGCCGCAGUAUUAUUGCUAUCGAGGCGUCACAGUAAUAGUGGAAGGUAGUGAGAAUAGUUCUCGCUAUGGAGGCAUCCUAAAUUGUUUGGACAGGAGAAUGUGUUAAAUUAAAAGGUUGUGUUCUUUGCUUCGUGAACUUUUCUUGUCCUCAGCUAGAAGAAAGUUUUUAAAACUGUAUUAAACUGAUUUAAUCAGCAGUGGAUGUUUUUUGUUUGUAGGCCGGUCAUGGGCUGCUGCUAGUACUGAAGGACUUUUGGUUUAUUCACUGGAGUCUGAUAUUGUUUUUGAUCCAUUUCAACUGGACUGUGAUGUGACUCCUGAGAGGACAUUACAAGCCAGCAGCGACAACGAACACACAAAAGCACUAAUAAUGAGUUUGAGACUGAAUGAGCCACACCUGAUUUGUCAAGUUAUGGAGGCUGUUAAACCAUUUGACAGUCAGUAUUGAGUUAACGAAACAGCUUUAUACAGUAGAUCCACGUACUACCUUACUAACACUAGCAUGCAUAAUAAAAGUUACAAACGGCACAGAAGUAUACGGUGAUUUAGCGCUGCAGUUGCAGGCAAGUUUUAUUGAGGGAGAUCAUGAAGUAUGAUCCCGCCCAAGGUUUACAGCUAUCUAUACAAUCUCUCCACCCUUAGGUGACAACAUCCUUCUUGCAAAGACCAUAUGGAUUACUGUCAACAGUUUCUUUAUCUCUUCUGAAAGAAUGUAUUCCACUUCAGCUCAUAGAUUUUACGUACUUUGGAGCUAGGCUGGAGCUUGGUUUCUGAGAAAUGUUAUGUUUGUUUGAAAAUAACUCUUUUCUUUUAGUAAUUUAAAUUGCUGAAUAUAUAGUUUCAGCUUUGAAUCUUCUAUGGGUCGCUUUAAUUUACAUUAAAAAGAAUAGUUCUCCAUGAGUCGCAGUUGCAAAUAGAAUUUCGUUGAAUUUUUAGGGUUUCUACGAGUGAUCUUCUGUAUUGGUGAUGAUGAUAUUUCCACAAAAAUACAUCGAUUUAACGUAUAAACCUUAAACGGAAAAUAGCAAAGUUUUUUCUCUUUUUUAUCCAUUAGUUCCCUUGGUGGUACAGUCACUGAAAGAUCCUUAUAUUGAACUUGUGUUGAAGUUUGUCGCGCUACAACUGGAAAAGUCACGUCAUCUUCAUUUUUACCUGUUGUGGUGUCAACAGAUUUUAAGUGCGCAUGGUCAACAGUUAAAAGCACUGUCCAACAAACUGUUAGUCGUCUUACGCACUUUACAGAAGGGCCUUACCAAACAGCAGGAAGACCUUGGCAAAAUGUAAGUUAGUCGGUCCAAAGAAAUGCCGUAUACAUACACUGCUAAACUGAAUUGUAACUGUCCCUUUACUACUUGCCGUGUCUGGCUCUGAAAAAAGAAAGGUAUUUAGCUCUGCCUUGUUAAAGGGAACCUCCACUUCAACAAAAAGAUAACUUUAAAUCACAGGAAAUAACUGUUACAGUCAAGUCAAUCUAAAAUAUUUUUAAAGAAAGCGUUUGUAUCCGAAAGAAAUAACUUUUAGAUUCGCCUAUUUUUGUUUUCAAAUUUUGCGGGCGUCGCCAUCUUGAAUAAUUGUGACGUGUAAUGGUUGCCCUAUUGUUAUUAAACAAAAGCUCUUUGUGUCAGAACAAUAGAGCAACCAUAACGCGUCACUAUUAUUCAAGAUGGCGGCGCCCGCGAAAUUUGAAAGUGAAAAUAAGCGAUUUUAAAAUUCACUUUUCCUGAUAUAAACACUUUUUUAAAGACAAAUUUCAAACAAAUUUGUUUAUCAACAUAAUUUUAUUCGAUUUAAACUUAUUCUGUAGUAAGAGUGGAGGUUCCCUUUAAGCUACUGGCCGAAGCACAGAAGAGACAGCUAACCCAAACAUGUCGGACUGUAAUUUAGCUAUUCAGUUAGGUAGUGUAAGUGGCUUGUCAGUCGAGUCAAACCUAGCCGAGGCAGCAGUUAAAAAAGAAGUCCGGCGAUUUGCCCAGCGGCGCGUUUCUCUUUUUAGCCCUUCCGGGCCACAUGAGGAAUUGUAGAUCUUGAUAAGUGGAUGCCCAGAUUUGCGAGAGACUUGCAAACGUGCAGUUUUCAUUUUUAUUGUCGUUUUGGAUUGAGUUGUUGAGUUGGAAUUUAAUAGCUCUGCGGGGAUAAUAAGUAGUAUAAACUAAAUCUUUGCGGCUUUUCUGUUGCAGCUGCUUGAGCAAUGCUUACAGUCUCAGCUAUAUCACAUCACUUGCUGAUCUACUCAGUACAGCCCAUAAUAAUGAGAACUCUAACGUCAUGGGCACGGCAUCGCCUGUGCCGUUUGAUAACACGGACAUGUCGUUAUGGUAUGUGCGGCCCUAAAUAAAUGUUGUUAUAAGAAGUCAUGAACCGGAGACACGAAUGGACGUUAUUGUCCACGCAAAGUGUCUUGGGAAUUCUUUGCACCCAUUUGUUAUUCUCACGCGUCUUGAGACUGGAGAUCUUUCAAUGUUCAAUAUUUGCUCAGAACGCUUCUCAGGGCCCUUGGGUGGGCAGUUCUGUAGGCAAUCACCUUGGAAGGAACGGUUUUCCUGCCAGUGUGACACCAGAGGUUUCACAGAAGAACUAAACCGAAAAGUGGGUUAGUUAAGAAUCAACUAAAUACUCUAGUGAUGCAACUUCUCAAAUAGCAAAUAAUAGAACAAAAAAUUUAAAGCAAAGAUUCGAAAAAAAAAUUUGCUAAUUUAUACCGUAUACCAACCAUACAUCGUGAAUUUCGGCAGCCAACUGCACGCGCGCGCGUGCCAGACCCAAUUCAUCACUCGGCUUUGUGGGAUUUUUCCCUCCUUCCAAUCCCCAUCCCUCUUUUUAAAUUCCUCUGUCAUUUCUAAAUUUAGCUUGUUCAAAAGAUUCAAAAUAAACAAAAAAUAUCUUACAUUCACAGAUCAGCAAAGUGUUGGUGAAAUGUAACAGUUGUUAGAACUCUUGGAGAUUUGAACCCAACAAGACGAGUUACUGAGUACAUACCACAAGCCAGCGAAUGGUUAUGGUGCCUUCAUAUCACUCCGAUUGGCUUGCUCGUAAAUGAGCGAUUCACUUUAGAGUAAACCUAUAAUGCCUGCCGUUUUUGAUUUAGUGUAAAAAGCAGGAUUUUACUAAGACCUUUGUCGUCGCUGGACUGCUUUACAUAUAGAUCCGACCUGUAAUAACUCGGUCAAUGAAGAGAGAUCACGCCAAUAUUCAAACAAUUUCAUUCUGUUUUUUUUCUUCCAUGUAAAUACCUUUAAUGGGAAACUUGAAUUAAACAUCUGAAAUUAUAAUCCAGGGUAUUCGAUUUUCUCAACGUCAAAGGUAUACAAGGUUAAUCUUUUGUAUUUAUGAGUCUGUACUUCAAAACUUACUUUCUAUGUAGCCUGCGUACUGUAGCUGGCAGUUUCGAUGGAGCGUGGUGAACAUAUGAGGGAAAAGUGCAGUAGGACGUGUAUCAAAUUAACAUAGCUGCGCGUUAUUUCCACUCCUUCCUUACUUCUCUUUUCGUUGCUUAUUCUUUCGUCAGUACUUCCUAUUUUUUAUACUUUUUGUUAUUUGCUUUAGUUACUUUCUUUUCCAUACGCCACUUCCACAUUUCCCAUAGCAUUGUUUUCAACUUGUUUUGGGAGGGCUGUAAUACCCAGGAGGAAUGAAAAACAAAGGUGAUGCAAAUUUGGGGG